AUGCCAGAUUCCAGACAAGCAGCGUCCCCCAGCCUCCCAGCCUCCGUGCCUGCCGCAACGAACACCGGGCCCAGACGCGGUGUUCCUGAAUCUCCCAGGGCCGAUCAAUCAAAUCUCCAUCUUUUUGGGGGUGGUGGUGGUGGUGGUGGUGGUGGCCUGCGGGCUACGGCUACGGCUACAGAGAGCUGCAUGGGGGCCAUGCGCAUGGUUGUUGGCAACACGCCCAACUUUCGGCAUCACAAUCACAUUGCGGGCUGGUCAUGGUUCAUACAUGACGAUUGUCACGGUGUGGUGCUGCUGCUCCACGGACAAUCUGGCGUGUUUACGGAAAAGGGAAGCAGACUGGCAGACCGGGUAGUGUCAUGCGUCAUCGUCAACUUGAUACCGCCGGUCUGGCGAAUCGAUACCGAAGGGGGGUUGCAAGUGCAAGUGCGUGCGUGUGCGGUGUGCAGUGUGUGUGUGUGUGGGUAA